UCCCAUCCCCACAUUGCCUGUAGUAUAUAAACUCUCCAACGGAAUUUUCGCCGUUAUUAUUCGUUCGGCAAGCCUCUUUACCGGUCGCGCUGAACGACGACUGACAUUUAUUUAAUUAACUUAUUUGUACGUUAAGUUCACCAAAACUCAAUUGAAAAUGCGUGAGUGCAUCUCAGUACAUGUUGGCCAAGCCGGAGUCCAGAUCGGCAAUGCCUGCUGGGAGUUGUACUGCUUGGAGCACGGCAUCCAGCCUGAUGGCCAGAUGCCCACAGACAAGACCAUCGGAGGUGGAGAUGACUCCUUCAACACCUUCUUCAGCGAGACCGGAGCUGGCAAACAUGUGCCCAGGGCAGUGUUUGUUGACUUGGAACCCACAGUAGUUGAUGAGGUCCGCACAGGAACAUACAGGCAGUUGUUUCAUCCAGAACAACUUAUCACUGGUAAGGAGGAUGCCGCAAACAACUAUGCCCGUGGACACUACACUAUCGGCAAGGAAAUCGUCGACCUAGUCCUGGACCGCAUCCGCAAGCUUGCCGACCAGUGCACAGGUCUCCAAGGUUUCCUCAUCUUCCACUCCUUCGGAGGAGGCACCGGCUCCGGUUUCACCUCUCUCCUCAUGGAGCGUCUCUCUGUAGACUACGGAAAGAAGUCCAAGCUCGAAUUCGCCAUCUACCCCGCUCCCCAGGUGUCCACCGCCGUCGUCGAACCCUACAACUCCAUCCUGACCACCCACACGACCCUCGAGCACUCCGACUGCGCGUUCAUGGUCGACAACGAAGCUAUCUACGACAUCUGCCGCCGCAACUUGGACAUCGAGCGCCCCACCUACACCAACCUGAACAGGCUGAUCGGUCAGAUCGUGUCGUCCAUCACGGCCUCCCUGCGUUUCGACGGCGCCCUCAACGUCGACCUAACCGAGUUCCAGACCAACUUGGUGCCCUACCCUCGUAUCCACUUCCCUCUGGUCACAUACGCCCCGGUAAUCUCCGCCGAGAAGGCGUACCACGAGCAGCUGUCGGUCGCCGAGAUCACCAACGCGUGCUUCGAGCCCGCCAACCAGAUGGUGAAAUGCGACCCCCGCCACGGCAAAUACAUGGCCUGCUGCAUGUUGUACCGUGGAGACGUCGUGCCCAAGGACGUCAACGCGGCGAUCGCAACCAUCAAGACCAAGAGGACCAUUCAGUUCGUGGACUGGUGUCCUACCGGUUUCAAGGUGGGCAUCAACUACCAGCCCCCGACCGUGGUGCCCGGCGGCGACUUGGCGAAGGUGCAGCGUGCCGUGUGCAUGUUGUCCAACACCACCGCCAUCGCGGAGGCCUGGGCUCGUCUCGACCACAAGUUCGACCUCAUGUACGCCAAGCGUGCCUUCGUGCACUGGUACGUCGGUGAGGGUAUGGAGGAGGGAGAGUUCUCAGAGGCCCGCGAAGACUUGGCCGCUCUGGAGAAGGACUACGAAGAGGUCGGCAUGGACUCCGCCGAGGGUGAGGGCGAGGGUGCCGAGGAAUACUAAUCAGAUAAAGAAGCUUGCCGGCUCACGUACACCGAUACAUUCCGCGGUGAUGAAAUAAAAGAGAAAUUAUGUUGA